CCGCGCCCAGACCACGCCUGCCGUGCUGCACCACCUCUCCUGCUCACUCCAUCCUCAGCCUGCCGUCUCGCCCGCAGCACCGCACCUCUCCAUCACCGCGGCUCGAGCGCACAUCGCUCAUCUGCCUGUCAUGCCGCCGGACAGCGGCGCGUCCAGCGCCGCCUCGGCCAACCCCUCAGCCGGGCCCUCUGCGCCCGCCGCCGCCUCGUAUUCCGGCAGCACCUCGGCCUCGCCGCUCUCCUCGCCGACGGCGGCAUCGACGCGCCUGUGGUCCUCGCAUCUCUCGCCCUCCUCGACGGCCUCGUCUGCCGCGUCGUCUGCGUUCGAGCGGCGGCCCACGCGCCGCCGCGUGCCGUCCUUCGAGGAGUUCCGCGCCCAGGAGCCGCCGCAGGCUCGCCUGAUCCGCCUGCGCGGCCUCUUCGACGUGCUGCUCGAUGCGCCCGACGCCUCGGCGCUGGCCGAUGGACGGGCUAAGCAGGAGUGGCACCGCAGCGCCUCACGGGCGCGCCUGGGCGCCGGCGGCAAGUAUGCACGCGGCAGCAUGGCGCCGCCCGGCCGCGCCGACGGCGAGCUGGAGGAUGCGGCACAGCUGCAGCAGCAACAACAGCAGGGCGUCUCGGCGCCGCGCCAGAGCUAUGCCAGCGAGCUGCUCGACCAGUGCCGGGCAUGCAGGGCCGAGCUGGAGCGGGAACACGAGCGCGAGCGCAGCGAGUGCGGCGACGGCUGGACCGCCUGGAUCCCAUUCAUGGGCUCGUCGAGCGCCAAGGGCGAGCAGAAGAAGCCGGAGAAGAGCUGGGCAGAGACGUUCGGCAUCGGCUCGUCCUCAUCCUCGCCCGCCGCGUCCGGCUCUUCGUCCUCUGGCGCCGCCUCUGGCCCGGCCUCGACACCGCCAGAAAAUGGUAGCGCCUCCUCGCCGCAGUCUGAUCUUGGCUCGGAUCACGAGGGAGAGGCAGGCUGGGUCGGCUCGGGCGUGUGGGGCCUCUCGGCCGUCGGCGCCGCACAGCGGGACCGCGACCGCGAGCGCGACCGGCACGUGGAGAUGGGCAAGGAUGUGCAGGACGACGGCGGCCGGCGGCAGCGCAUGAUCGAGUGGGAGGGCUUUCUGCGGUACUCGGACAUAAAGGAGCGCCAGCUGUAUGCCAUCUUCACGGAGCUGGACAAGAACGGCGACAUGCACCUCGACUACACCGAGAUCCGCACGGCGCUGGACCGCGCUGGCAUCGAGCUACCCGAAGCGGCACUGGAGGACUUUGUCGCUAGCAUGGCCGCCUCGUCGCGCUACCAGUCUGCGCGGCCAGAGAGCAUCUCCUUUCCGCAGUUCCGCGACUACCUGCUGUUGCUGCCGCGGAAACCCAGCGUCAACGAGAUCUACCGCUUCUACCAGGUGCGCAAGGCCUUCGGCCUCUUCGGCGCCAAGGGCAUCUUUGCCAGCUUCAGCGAGAACUGGGGCCGCGCGGAGCGGCAUGGUGCCACGGCCGUGAACCUCGACGGCGAUGUGAGCCUGGCCGGCGAGGAGCGCAAGAAGGCCGCUGCAGGCGCAAAUGCGAGCGCAAGCUCGAACAGCAGCAAUACGGUCGCCACGAGCGGCGCAGGCACUGGCUCGGGCACGGGCAAGGCCAUUGCGACUGCACCCGCUGCGGAAGACGCCGCGUCGAAGGCUGCUGGCGAGCCGGCGUCGGCGGGCCAGGCCGCGUCGGAGGAAGAAGAGGAGGACGACUCGGACAUGAUCCAUGGCGACGUCGCCGUCAAAUUCCUUCUCGCAGGCGGCAUCGCCGGCGCGGUGUCGCGCACUGCCACGGCGCCCUUCGACCGUCUGAAGAUCUACCUCAUCACGACCGGCUCGGCAUCCUCGUCGUCUGCCUCGCCUCUGAAGGCCGUCGUCGGCGGCCCAAAGAGCGCGAGCAUGCUCGGCGAGGCCAUUCGCGCGCUCUACCGCGACGGCGGCGGCCUCAAGUCCUUCUGGGUCGGCAACGGUCUGAACUGCGUCAAGAUUUUCCCAGAGAGCGCAAUCAAGUUCCUCAGCUACGAGAUGUCGAAGCGCGCCUUUGCCAAGUACGUCGACGGCGUGCACGACUCGCGCGACAUCAGCGGCGUGAGCCGCUUCGUGAGCGGAGGCAUUGGUGGCAUCACGAGCCAGCUUGCCAUCUACCCUGUCGAGACGCUCAAGACGCGUCUCAUGUCGUCGCAGUCCUCCUCUGCGCCCUCGUCCGCGCCUCGUCUCGUCGGCAACGCCCUCGUGCGCGCCACCGCGCGAGACAUGUGGAACGCCGGCGGCAUCCGCACCUACUACCGCGGCCUGACGGCUGGCCUGAUCGGCGUGUUUCCGUACUCGGCCAUCGACAUGUCGACGUUCGAGGGCAUCAAGCUGUUCUACAUUCGCUACACCGGCAAGGAGGAGCCUGGCGUGCUGGCACUGCUGGCAUUCGGCAGCGUGUCGGGCAGUGUGGGCGCCACGACUGUGUACCCUCUCAACCUCGUCCGCACGCGGUUGCAAGCAGCAGGCACGCCAGCACAUCCACAGACCUACACCGGCUUCGCAGACGUCGCGCGCCGCACGUACGCGGCCGAGGGUGUCAAGGGCUUCUACCGCGGCCUAGUGCCGACACUAGCAAAGGUCGUGCCGGCUGUGUCGAUCUCCUACGUUGUGUACGAGCACAGCAAGCGGCAUCUCGGAGUGCAGUAAUGCUUCAUCUUCUCCCUUCGCCCUAUUCUACUAUCCUGCUCUCUUCUCUCUCCCACACUCCCUUUGGCGUCACCGCCGCCGCUGCUCCAUCAAAUGAUUAAUAGAUCAUCCCAGUCC